AAGGGCGCCAUGUUGUCACGGGUUGCAGCGGUUGCAACCAAUGAUUUGUAUAACAUGAAGUGGUUUCUAGUCUGGUUGUUUCUCCCGGUUGCACUCAUUUCGUGUAGGGCGCCUCCCGGUUCGGCCAAAUCCAAUCACUAUCUGUACGUUCGGAAGGAGUUAGCUGCUUGUGAGGAUUUCAACAACUCUGUAGUCGAUAUAGCUCAACUGGUGGUGGAGAAAAGAGGGAAAGAGGAACUAGCUUUUGCCGGGAACAUCACCAUUCAGGAAGAUGUCGAUGACCUCCAAUUUAAACUCGAUGUUUUCGUUGACAAAAACGAAAACUGGGAAUAUCUGGACAGUUUUGAAGACAGCCAUUUGUGUGAACAUUUGAUGGAUAAAGACAAAGUCUGGACUUCAUUUGUCAAGGAAAUGGGACUUACAGGGUGUCCAAUCAAGAAAAACACUUUCGCAUUAAAGGAUUCGAUGAUAGACAUUUCAAAGUUUUCUCUGUCCGCCAAGAACGCUGGGCUCUUCCGUGGGAUUGGUUACCUUUUACAGGAUGGAAAGAAGAUUUCCUGCCAUUUCGCAGAUGUGUCUGUUUCAACGUAGUGUUGUCGUUUUAAUAAAUAAA